AUGGAAGAAAUCAUGGAGUACAAUCGCACUAAUUACAUUCCCGUUAGCGACGAAGAAGCUCGAAGCAGCGUAUUCUUAGAACUGAAGCACUACUGCUUACAACUACUUGAUCUCCUUCAAAACCCUAAGAAAAACCCUUCUUCACUUUCUCAACUGCUCCACUUCCUUCGCCGAUCUCCGCCUGAUGCUCUCCAGCCUUUCUUCGACUACACUCUGUUUCCCUUGCUGCUUCUAUUGGAUGCAGCAGUCAAUUGCAGAUCUCCACCAAAGAUUCAUUCUGAAGAGAGAUCUGUGAUGUUUGAUGUCCCAAAAACGCCACAUAAGGUGAGUGACACUGUGGCAGAAGCUGUGCUUCAGUGUCUGGAAGUGCUGCUGACAAAGUGCCAUUUAGGAUCUGUGGAUCAGAUGGUUGUUAUGCUGAAGAAGUUGACAUAUGGGGCAUUGCUCUCUCCAUCUGAGGCUGCAGAAGAGUUUCGUGAAGGAUUAAUCAGUGGUUGGCCUACACUCUUAGAAAGAAGAGAUUUGGAGUCUCCCCUUACUAGAAUUCCAAACUAUGAUUCGGAACCAGAAGAAUGUUUACUUGCAUUUCUUCAAUCUCAAGCUGCUUCAGCUGUCGUUGGACACUGGCUGUCACUUCUCCUCAAAGCUGCAGAUAUUGAGGCUGCACGAGGACACCGAGGCAGUGCGCAGCUUCGUGUAGAAGCAUUCAUGACACUUCGCAUGCUUGUUGCUAAGGUUGGUACUGCCGAUGCCUUGGCUUUUUUUCUACCUGGUGUUGUUAGUCAAAUUGGUAAAGUUUUACAUGUUUCCAAAAGAAUGAUUAGUGGGGCUGCUGGAAGUGUGGACGCCACGGAACAAGCAAUUAGAAGUCUGGCUGAAAUUCUUAUGAUAGUUCUUGAUGAUGAUGCUAAUAUAUCCAGUCUUAGUGUGUCCAUAGAUGAUGUUACUGGUCUUCAGUCAAAUAAAGACAAAUCUCCUCUAUCGUUUUUGGAGGAACUCCGUCAGUUGCCUUUAAAAACUCAAGAUCAGGGUGAAUGUGCAGUAACUGAUUCAAGGGGUGAAGCAGUAGACUGUAGUACUCCUGAAUCUGAUGUCAAAGGGAAGGGAAGCAUCAAUUCUGGGGGAGUGAUAGGAUCUUUGCAUGUGAAUCGUACAAAAGACUGGGUUGUGAAAACUUCAGCUCACGUGGAUAAACUGUUGUCAGCAACUUUUCCACAUCUUUGCAUUCAUCCAGCCCAAAAGGUGAGACAAGGACUUUUGGCUGCCAUACAGGGACUCUUAUCAAAAUGCUGUUUCACACUGGAGGAGAGCAGAUUAAUGCUUUUGGAAUGUUUAUGUGUUCUGGUAUCAGAUGACUCUGAAGAGGUGUCUGCACCUGCACAAGCAUUCUUUGGAUAUCUGUUGUCGUCAAGUGGAAAACGUCAUAUUGAAAAUGAUAUUGCUGUGAUCUUUAACAGGCUUAUUCAAAAGCUUCCAAAAGUGGUGCUCGGAAGCGAGGAGUCACUUGCGCUAUCACAUGCUAAGAAACUACUCGCAAUAAUUUACUUCUCUGGACCUCAGCUUGUGGCGCAGCACCUCUUUCAGUCUUCUGUAACAGCAGCUCGAUUCUUGGAUGUUUUUGCCCUCUGCUUGAGUCACAAUUCAGUAUGUGCUGGUUCCCUUGACAAGGUUAUUUCAGCAAGGCCAUCCUCAACUGGCUACCUGCGUUCUAUAGCUGAGAUGAAACCUAACAUUUGUUUUUCUAAUGACAACAUGAAUAUCAUGGAUGCUGAAGGUUCAAAGUUCCCUGGUAUUCAAAACCACAGGGCACAUAACCUGCUGGAAAAUGUACAGAAUGAAUAUGAGCUGCCACACAUGCCACCUUGGUUUAGUAAUGUUGGCAGUCAGAAACUUUAUCAGGCUCUCGCGGGAAUCCUUAGACUUGUAGGUUUAUCUUUAUUUGCAGACUCUCGAGGUGAAGGGUCUCUAUCAGUUAUCACUGAUAUUCCACUAGGCUACUUGCGUAAAUUGGUUGCUGAGGUCCGGACAAAAGAGUACAGUAAAGAAAGUUGGCAAUCUUGGCAUCAAAGAACCGGUUCAGGACAACUGGUGCGGCAGGCUAGUACUGCUGCAUGUAUUCUGAAUGAGAUGGUAUUUGGUUUAUCAGAUCAAGCAGUUGAUCCUUUUGCACGAAUGUUCCAAAAGUCGAGGUUAAGAUGGGGAGAAAUGGAGAAAUAUGAUGCAGGAUGUGAUGAUAAUCAGCCUUUCAAACUUGAACAGGCUGUGCCUGAUAAAUUUGUUUGGAAGGUUAUCAUUGAUGGGAUAGCCAUCUUUAAUGUGUGCCUUGGAAAAGAUUUUUCCUCUUCAGGAUUUCUUCAUUUAUCUCUUUAUGUUUUGCUUGAGAAUCUUAUUUGCUCAAACUUCCAAAUUAGAAGGUCAUCUGAUGCUGCCCUACAUAUCAUUUCUGCUACUUUUGGCUAUCCAACAGUGGGGCACUUAGUUUUAGCAAACUCAGACUAUGUAAUUGAUUCCAUAUGUCGACAACUGCGUCAUUUGGAUCUUAAUCCUCAUGUGCCGAAUGUGCUCGCUGCCAUGCUUUCGUACAUUGGAGUUGCUCACAAAAUAUUGCCGCUGUUGGAGGAGCCUAUGCGCUCUGUUUCGCUGGAACUUGAGAUUCUUGGCAGGCAUCAGCACCCCGAUUUAACCAUUCCCUUCUUAAAGGCAGUUGCAGAAAUAGCCAAGGCAUCAAAUCUUGAGGCUGGUUCACUGCCGAAUCAAGCAGAGUCAUAUUCUAAGCAUGUCAAGUCUAAAUUAUCUGAUGUAGAAAGAAAAGCAAGGAAGGAUUCCGGUUUAUCAAACUCUCAUCGCGAUAAAGACAUUGACAUGGCUCCUGUGGAAUCUGAAACAGAGGUGGAUGCCUACUCCAUAGAUGAUUUGCAAAUAGACCAGUGGGAGUCAGCUUUGCUCAAAUUGAAUGAUUCCAAAAGAUAUAGGCGAACAGUUGGAUCUAUUGCUGGUUCUUGUAUAAUGGCUGCAACUCCACUACUUGCUUCAGUUAAUCAAAGAGCAUGUUUGGUUGCCCUUGAUAUAGUUGAGGAUGGCAUUAUGGCACUUGCCAACAUAGAAGCUGCCUACAGGCAUGAGAAGGAAACUAAAGAAGCAGUGGAACACGUUUUCCAGUUGUGUGGAUUUCAUAAUCUUCGGGAUUCUUUGGAUGCAGCUGAGGAUGGAACUGAGGAAAAUAGGUUGCUUCCUGCGAUGAAUAAAAUAUGGCCUUUCUUAGUUGCUUGCAUUCAGAAUAAGAAUCUGGUGGCUGUUCGGAGAUGUUCAAGUGUCAUAAGCAAUGUAGUGCAAAUUUGUGGAGGAGAUUUCUUUUCUCGUCGUUUCCAUAGUGAUGGCGUCCACUUCUGGAAACUUUUGAACACGUCCCCAUUUCAGAAGAAACACAUCUCAAAAGAGGAAAGAAUGCCCUUACAACUUCCUUACCGAAGCACUUCUAUGUCCUCAGAGGAACCAAUGGCUGAGAUUUCCGAUCUGAAAGGCCAAGUGGCGGUGCUCAAUAUGAUAGCUGACUUAUCUAAGAACAAAAGGAGUGGUUCAGCAUUGGAAGCAGUCCUCAAAAGGGUCUGUGGUCUUGUUGUAGGGAUAGCUUGUAGCGGAGUUAUUGGGCUGCGAGAUGCAUCGAUUAAUGCCCUUACAGGACUUGCAUCCCUAGACCCAGAUCUUAUCUGGCUCCUCUUAGCUGAUGUUUACUACUCCUUGAAGAAGACAGACAUGCCUAUGCCACCGUCUGGAGAUUUACCAGAAAUCUCUCAAAUUUUGCCACCGCCAUCAUCUCCUAAGGGGUAUCUUUAUGUGAAGUACGGAGGGCAGAGUUAUGGCUUCAACAUCGAUAUUUCUUCUGUGGAAAUUGUUUUUAAGAAUUUGAAUUCUAAAGUUUUUACUACUCAAAUGUACAGUUAG